UUUCUUUGUGAGCCCAGCACAGAGCACCAUGGCUUCUCCUCUCAAGUCCCUCGUUGAUGAUGACGAUGGUUAUGAUAAGUCCUUGACCGUGUAUAAGGUACAUUCAAGUGGACAUCAGCCCAGAGAAGACUUCAUCCGCACAAUCCUGCCUGAACAACUGGCCAGCAUCGGGGAUGGGAAAUCGAUAAACAUCAUUGGACUUGGGGCUGGAGAAGGUAAUAUAGACAUGGAGAUGCUCUCCCAGCUGCGUCGGAAGCACCCAGGGGUGCUGCUGGAUAACGAAGUGGUGGAGCCAAGCGCACAUCGGAUUCUCAGAUACAAAGAGAGGGCAGCUCAGAUGUUCCACUUGGACCCUGUAAACUUCACCUGGAACCAGAUGACGGCCUCUGAGUUUGAGGAGCAGUGGAGACAGAGAAAUAUCACCAAGAAGAUUGACUUCAUCCACAUGCUCCAUAUGUUGUACUAUGUUGAGGAUCCUGGAGCGACCGUCAGAUUCUACCAGAGCCUCCUCAGGAAGAACGGCAAAAUUCUGAUCAGUAUUUUGUCAGCUGAGUCUGGCUAUGUGAAGAUGUGGAAAGCCUUCUCCACUCAGCUGAACCCUCCAGGCACUCGUACUUGGUUUCCAGAACGGAACACAGCAGACAUAAAGCAGCUGCUGGACGAAGCUGGAAUCCAGUACCAGAGCUAUAAGUCCCCGGCUGUGCUGGACAUCACCGACUGUUUCACUGAAGGAAACGAGGCCGGAGAGCUGAUUCUAAACUUCCUCACAGAGACGGUGAACUUUAGAAAGACAGCCCCACAAGAGCUCAGAGACGGGGUCCUGAGGACGCUGCGAGACCCUCAGUGCUGUACGGAGAAAAACGGAAGAAUUCUGUUAAAUAAGAACGAGGACUUCUUUAUCCUGGAAGCAUCUGAUUAAACUUAUCCUGGUUUGAUACUGGUUUGUAGGCCUGUCACGAUAACAAUUAUUGAAAUAUAAUUAUUGGAGAUGAAAAUAAUAUUAAUUGCCAUUAUACCACUGACACGACCUUAAAGCAGGAUUUCCUCAUAAACUGAGCUGAAAUAAAUACAUGGAACAAUUAAUAGAAGUUACAUAAUCAAACCUUUACAACUCAAAUAUUCAGAAAAGUGCAAAAUAUAUCCAAAUAUUUCUCACUUGUACAAAGAAAAAUUACUGACUAUAUUGACUCCCAAAAAGAAUAGUUAAUCUAUCAUGUAGUGAAUGAUAAGUGGACAGUAUUUAUCAUGACAGGUCUACUGCCCAGUUUUAUUGUUGUCUUUAUCAUUAGUUUAAUUCACAAUAUAAUAGUAAGAAUUAAGAAUAAUCAUCAUGACCAUUUUUGAAGCAAAAUGAAGACUUUUUAAAUUCAAUCUAUUCUAGUGUAAUAAGUAGACUUAACUGUUACAUACAAGAGGAACAGUGAUGUGUUAGACAAUGUGAAUGAAAUAAAAUGAAUGAUUUUA